AUUCUACAAUACUUCCGGUUUACAUCACUUCCUCAUUGACUUGCACAUGGCAAAAUGAAAACAAGUCUGUACGUUUACUGAUAAACGUUUGACGAUAUGGAAGGAAAUCUCAGUGUUGAUCUGAAGGUGCCGUUCCCGACUCCGAGGCAGGCCGAGAUAGCUCAUGGGACACUCAGUGUUGACGAGGAACCACGGCGGGGAGGAGUCCGGCGGACCCUCUCUCUGAAGGGGAACAUCUUGAAUGUGAUGUUCGAGGCGUCGGAGGCGAGGAAACUGCGAGUGAGCGUGAAUUCUUUCAUGGAUCAUCUGAUCCUAGUGACACAAACUCUUGACAUGUUCGGACCUCCCAGCUGACGAAGAAGAAAGUUUUAUGUACAAAUUCACAUCAUCUCCUCACCUACCUAUACAUCACCUGUGAUGAAGCUAUCAAGCACAGAAACUGCAGCCUCAUCACCGCAUACACAUCAACUCCAGUGAUGAAGAAUGUGUGAUGUACAGAUUGUCUCAUCAUGUCCAAAAACACAGCGUGAUCUCCUGUGAUGAAGCUAGCAGCAGUUUCAACAUGGGAACUGGUCAUUUUUGAAGAGGGGACUAUCUGGUACCAAUGUCCAACCUAGGUCACCGUGCUGAAGAUAAUCUGUGUUCAGAAGAAAAAUAAAUCUGGCAAAUAAAUCUUACAAAUAUGCACACAAAAUUCAAAAUCCGUUGCAUAGCAACAUUUUAAUAACAAACAGGAGCCUUUUCAGGCUUAAAAAUUCCCAACAUUAUCAGGAGCACUGCAGACCUGGAUGUAUUAAUUUUUGCCAUGAAACUGAGACAUUGUGUCUUUCUAAUUAGAAUAUAGCUGCUAGAUAUACAUCAUAAGAUUCAGCAGACAAACUGUGUGUUAAACAUGUUGAAUGACUUGAAUCGAACUUCAUGGGGUUGCCAGUUUUCCUGAACCAAGUCUCCCUUUAACGGGGGGCUUGGAUGAGUCUUUAAAAACAUGCAAGCUUGUGGGAGACAUGAAGUUAUUGUGUUUACAUAUAGACAAAUUUGUGUGAUUUGGAGGAAAACAAACUAUUUGUCAUUACAGGCAUUGUACUGGCAAGUCCUGUAAAUCCGCCAUGGUUGGUUGCUUAUGAUUCUGUUUGAUUGACGAGUAUCUCAGAUAAACGAAAUUAAGUACUA